UUCCAGGCAACACCACCAUAGGAAAAGAUGAGGGAGACCAUAGUCCUCUAUCCGUCGCCAUUGAGGGGUCACAUAGUCGCCAUGUUCGAGCUCGGACGACUCAUUCUCAACCACCAACCUCGCUUCUCCGUCGUUAUCAUCCUCUCCUCCGGCUCGACCGCCGCCCCUGUCGCCGACUACCCUUCCGUCACCGUUAUCCACCUUCCAUCCGCCGCCGCCGCCGCCGCCGAGCGCGACCAAACGCCCUUCGAUUUGGCCCGCUGCGACACCCCCAACCUCCGCCUCGCCCUCGCCGGCGUCGCCGCCGCUGCGGACCUCCGGGCCCUCAUCAUUGACGGCUUCUCAGAUGCUGCCUUCCCUGUGGCAGCCGCCCUCGGCAUCCCGACCUACUACUUCUCAACCUCUGGUGCCGUUGCCCUGGCCCUCUUCCUCCACUUUCCGACUCUCCAUGGGAGGACCACCAAGAGCUUCAAGGACCUUGGAGACAAGACCGUGAACAUUCCCGGGUUGCCUCCAAUCAAGGCCUUGGACAUGCCGAGCGGCAUGCUUGACCGAGGCUGGGCAAUCUACGGCUACUUCUUGGAUGCUUGCAGGAACAUGAUCUCGUCGUCUGGCAUCAUCGUUAACACGUGCGAGUCCCUUGAGACUCGGAUCAUCAGUUCCAUCAAAGAAGGAUUGUGCGUGCCGGACGGGCUGACACCGCCUAUUUUUGCCGUCGGGCCUUUGGUUGAGUCAAAGGUCGACAGCGACGAGAAUGGUGGUGAAGAGAGAGAAAGAAAGCACGAGUGCUUGAGUUGGCUCGACUCGCAACCGAGCCGAAGCGUCGUGUUCUUGUGUUUCGGCAGCCAGGGAAGGUUCUCCGCCGUGCAGCUGAAGGAGAUGGCCUCAGGAUUGGAGAGAAGCGGGGUGAGAUUCUUGUGGGUCGUGCGGCCUCCGCCGCAGGAUUUUUCGGCAAAAUCAACAUCGGGGUCAAAUGACGACGACGAUGCGAGCUUAGAGAAGUUCUUGCUGGAGGGGUUUUUGGAGAGGACAAGAGAGAGGGGGAUGGUGGUGAAGUCAUGGGCACCGCAGAUCCAGGUGCUGAAUCACAGCUCGGUGGGCGGGUUCGUCACUCACUGCGGCUGGAACUCGAUCAUCGAAGCGGUGCGUGCUGGGGUGCCGAUGGUGGCCUGGCCUCUCUACGCGGAGCAGAAGGUGAACAGGGCGUUUCUCGUGGGGGAGGCCGCUCUGGCUCUCCCUCUGAGCAUGUCAGACAAGGACCGGUUCGUGAAUGCGGACGAGUUAGCCAAGCAGGUCACCGAGUUGAUGAUGGGAUCGGGAGAAGGAAAAGUGGUCAGAGAGCAGGUCUUGGCCGCGAGAGACGGCGUGCUGGAGGCCUUGAGCGACGGCGGAUCGUCUCAGGUUUCAUUGGCCGCGGUGGCGGCAUUAUGGAAACGAGGCUGAGACCUAGUCCCACUCACUGUCAAUUGAUCAGUGGACCUCAACGGGGAAGUGCUACAACGCCCAAAUCAUAGUACCAUGUCAGAACUGUUUGUUAUUUAGAUCUGUGACCGAAUGGUCUUCGAAAAACCAGUUUUCCCAUUUGGAAGUUCUAAUGCUCACAUUCUGAAGGAGACGCAUGUUAUCAAGAU